CUUCAAUGGCCGCUGCCGUACUAUCUACACACGUAACGGAGCGCGGUCCACUCGCAAACCGCGUUCCGUGGUGGUUCAGGACGUAGUCUUUACUGUUUCUUGUUAGAAUUUCUCAUCAAGCUGUGGCCCAACGUGCAAACCAUGGGCUCGAAGAAACAUAAAAAGCACAAGCGCGAGAGGCACGAAGAUUAAUGAUGCACAGGAAUUUUGACUACGUUUUCACCACGGACAAACUGAGAGUGAGGUUGGAGUAGAAGUGAGGUGGAUUCAAAAGUAUAAACGAAGGUUCCACGGCGACAAGUGCGACCUGGAAAAGGACAGUAUACAACCACGGACAAACCCCGAGCUUUGAAGCUUAUUUUAAAAGUAGGGGGUAGCAGUGGGACACCUGAAUACGGUAACGAAUCUCCAAGUCAGGCAACAAUGUUGUCUCAACAUUUGGGUGUUUACCAGCAACAGUUGGGUAUCAACUGUUCCGUAACGCAGGAAUCUGAAUACGAUAGGUAUCUGGGGCACAAAAAGCUUAAGAAGAAAAAGAAAAAGAAGGAUAAAAGACAUAAGCAUCAUCAUAAAGAUAAGAAGAGAAGGCGGGAGGAAUCCAGCCAAGAAUCAGUGGGAGAUGCGGAUGAAAGUUUAGCGGAAGUCCCCAAGAAGAUUCCGAAUCACCAAUUAUUACCUCCAAGACCACCCUCGAGCGGAGAGCACAGAGUUAGUCUUACGAAUCAAAUUAGCUCUCUUUCUCCGCAUCGAGAACCUAGAACUUGCGUGCUUAGAAAAAUCGCUGAACGUACGCCCCUACAACGGUUACUCGAACACCUCCUUAGGUCAAUGGAGAAACGUGAUCCGCAGCAAUUUUUUGCAUGGCCGGUCACGGAUAGCAUUGCACCGGGAUAUUCCCAGAUCAUAACCAAUCCUAUGGAUUUUAGCACCAUAAAGCAGAAGAUAGAUGAUAAUAGUUAUCAAAAUUUAAGCGAAUUCGUAGAUGACUUUAAAUUAAUGUGUGACAAUGCCACCACUUACAACCAUCCAGAUACGAUUUACUUCAAAGCGGCAAAAAAAUUGCUGCACGUUGGCCUAAAAAUGGUUACACCUGACAAGCUACGACAGUUGAGACCGGUUUUAACGUAUAUGCAAGAUAUUUCAAAAGAUGAACUUGGAUUCGAAUUAGGUGUCGAAGAUCCAAAUAAUCCAGAUGUUCCUGUCACCGAAGAACAGAUUGAACGAGAAAGAGAACAAGAGGAACGCAACGAAGAAGCUGAGGAACUUAGAAAAGAAAACCAGAGAAAAUUGAGAUUAGCGAGUUUAGGUAAAUUCGAAGCGAUCCCCGACGAUAUGACUCCGGAUGAAAUUUUGAAACAAGCACGAGGAGCUGCGAAAGCAGCAUCAGAAAAGCUGUCGUUGAAAAGGCUGAAUUCGAAAAUGGGUUUCCUCAGACAAAAGAAAGAUGGAACUACUAGCUUACAAAUAAUAGUACCAGGAGACGGUGUGAUUCCAGGAACUAAUCAGAGACCUGUAUCAUUGGGUCAGCUCAUAGGUAAAUUGAAUCACGGAACAGGUGCAUUGGCAGGAUUCCGUGAGGAUAGAAGAAACAUGUCCAAACCAGUGAAACCCUUGUAUUACGGUGCCUUUGGUUCUUAUGCGCCAAGUUAUGAUUCCACCUUUGCUAAUCUUACCAAGGACGAAACAGAUUUGGUGUAUCAAACUUAUGGCGAUGAAACUGCUGUACAAUAUGCAGAAUCCAUUCUAGACUUUGCUAAAGACUGUGAUUAUACAUUGACUAUGGUUGACGACCUACUGGACAUCUUAACAGGCGGGGACCACAGAAAGACGAAGAAAUUUCUUGAAGAGAAACGAAGGCUCAAAGAGGAGGAAGAAAAGAUAAAGCAUUUAUUAGAGAAACCCAUGCAAGACGUAAACCGUAAUAUUUCUGCUAUGGACAGCGUUAAAGUCGACAUUGAUCAGUUGAAAACGCUUUCAGAGAUAGGCAUUGACGUUAAUUUUCUGGAAACCCUAGAGGAUGAAUUGAAGCUAACCGAGGAACGCGCAACUCUACAAAGUCGAUUGGACGAUACGUCUCAAAUGAUAGGUCGUUUAAAGCAAGCGCAACAUGAUCGCCUAUCAGCCCCACCGCCCACGCAUUUAUCGAAUGUUCCUAAGCCGACAGAGAACGAAGUGGCAUUGGCAGACAAGAUCACGGACAAUCUAACGGAAAUAGCAAAGAAACUUCCUCCUUCGGCCAUCGCCCCUGUCGAUGGCUUACGAAGAGCCAUGGGAAUAGCGCCUCUCGGUGGACCAGAGCCUAUGGAAGUGGAGCCUAUCACGCACAAUCCAACGAUCGUCGCGGAAAAUAGUCUGUUAUCGCAAACGACCAACAGUCAGGUCUCGUCGAGUCUGCUACCGACGCCAUCGCCGAUUCAAACCGCAAGUUUGCUUAGCCCGGCCAGCUCACAAAAUCCACCGAUCAGUAUCGUGACCGCGAAUCAACCACCGAUUCAAAUACAGAUCGGUAUGACGCACAGUCAGACACCUUCGUCGUUGUUAAAUACGUCGGAGGCGUCUGCAGUUCCUGAUCUAGAAACCGAGCUACGUGAAUUUCUAGAGAGCGAUCCUACGUUAGGGCACUCGCCCCUCCACGACGACAAAACUUUGGAGGACAUUUUGUCCGAAUCUUAGUGUGUACGAUUCGAUAUACGAUUUUCAUUAAUAUACCUCUCACAGGUUGUACAUUUUACUACGUACGAACGAUAGAUUUAAUGGCAAGUGUACGGUUAAUAAAUAUAAUCGUGUCCUGCAAUGUGUUGUAAUUUGAUAAACACAGCGUUUAUAUGGUAUGAAUAUUAUUUAUGAAGUUUGCGUAACAAAUAAUAUGAAGCUUUGUAAAGUCUACGUGAAAUGCACUAGUAACGCAGAAUGCUGUUCAUUUGUAACGACAGAGGAAUUUGAGUACGUAUACCCUAAGUAGUAAUACAAUCGUUGUUAAUCUGGUCUAGAAAUGAUAUCAGUUUCUGGAUUCUCUUUACUGUCUAGAAUUAGUAUCUCAACAUUUGUAUCCGCAUCAUUAUUCCUUAAGAUGUUACGCAAAUGGAAAAAGAUUCUUUAAAAGCAAUGAAAAUAUUGUAUAUAAAACUACAUCUGCUUCAUUGUUAAAUUAGUUUAAAUUCAUUACAAUAAUGAAACCGUUGCUUUCUAUUUUAAAGUAUAAGAGAAUGAAAGAAAAUGUAAAUAUUCAGAAAGUGUAUUUUUUAAAUUAAAUUUCUUUAAACGUCCGAAUUGAAUUUAUAAGGAAGCAUUUAAUCAUGUGUUUGCUUUUAGAGAAAUUAUACUAUUGUCGUAGUUUUACUCGUUGUUUUACGAUUUUAUUAUUCGAAUCGAAAGACUACGUAUUUCAUAUAUCGAUUUUUAUUAUUUAUCGUUACUUACCCAACAUUGUCGCUCGUGGUACCCUCGUCACCAGCUAUGAUGAAUCAGUUCCUCUAUUAUUUCUGAAUACGUUGUAACAGCUUCAUUCCCUGCAAUUUCUGAAUCCGUUGUAACAGCUUCAUUCCCCUGCAAAGAGUAAAUUAAUCAUGGUGAGACGUUCAUUUGAAUUGAACGGAAAUGCGUCGAAAUUGCAAUGUAAUAAUUUGAAUUGUGAUUUUACUAGUUUGCUUUUAUUAAUUACCAAUAAAAGUGGAACAGAUCGUGAAAUGUUUGU